UUGAUUAGUACAUUCAAACUAACCCGAUGAACACGCUAAGCCCUGCUUAGACACUGAUCCAACCUCCUAUAUAUUGUCAGUUGCACCCAGGAAGGGGAGCAGAAACCAGAGGCAGAGAUAGGUAGCUACCUAGACUGACAAUGGGGGAGCAAGGCAGGUCAAGCAGCAACAAGAUCAGAGACAUUGUGAGGCUGCAGCAGCUUCUCAAGAAGUGGAAGAGGCUUGCACUCUCACCAAAAGCCGGCAAGAGCAACGGCAGCCAUGGUGUUCCCAAGGGGUUCUUCGCGGUGUGCGUCGGCGAGGAGAUGAAGAGGUUUGUGAUCCCCACGGAGUACCUGGGCCACUGGGCAUUUGAGGAGCUCCUGAAGGAAGCAGAGGAGGAGUUCGGGUUCCGGCAUGAGGGGGCUCUGAGGAUCCCCUGUGAUGUGGAGGUGUUUGAGGGCAUCCUGAGGCUGGUGGGCAGGAAGGAGGAGGCAGUUUGCUACUGUUCUUCAGAGCCUGGGAUCUUGUGCAGAUGAUGAAUUUCUUUUUCAACAUGUCCCAUUUUUCCAUUCUUGGUUCUUGACGUUCCAUGAAGAAGAGAUGAGGAAGAGUCCAUCAAGUUGAUGGGAUUUGCAGCUUUAUACGGGAGGAUGAAACAAUUGAUUCACAUUCUUUUUGUGUAAAGAUUUUAAAAUGGAGGAUCUGCACCAAGGAGAUUGGGUAAAUGUCUCCUUUUAAGAAUUCUUUUUCCACCUUGUUCUCUGUACUUUAACUUUGCUUUAAAUUGUUCAGAAGUUGAACAAUGUUCUUGCGCACUAUUUUGAAUGGUAUAAUAUGUACUUGAACCUCAA